GGGCAGAGCCUCCAGGACCCAGGCCGCUGCCCCUACUUGGUAAUAUUCACCAGAUGGAUCUCAAGAAGCCCCACCACACUCUCUGUGAGUUAACGGGGUGACAGAGAACACCGGUCCGUGUGUGGAGUGGCCAAUCGUUAUUCUGCCCUAAACAGGCUUGAAUUGCAAAAGAGCCAACCUAUCGACAGACUCCUAGCAGGCUUGCCAGCUAUACAGGCAGAUGACUUGCACAAUGAGGUGGAGUUAAGAAGAAUGGUGUUGCUCUCCCCUGGGCCUUUGUCCUUAAUCCACAUCCUCCAUCUGCACUGCCAGAACCCACCACGAACACAUCCCUAUCAUCACAUUCAGGACCUGAAAGAACCAGGUGAUUAAGGAUGUCUGAAGCUUUGUUUGAUUCCAUGCCUUUUCGAAGUGGACUGCAAUCUCUACUGACUGGUACCAGGGUUUUCCUCUAUGCCAAAUUAACUUGCUUUCUAAGAAGUAUGGUUCAGUCUUCACGGUUCACUUUGGACCCAAGAAAGUGGUCGUUCUGGCUGGAUACAAGACUGUGAAAGAUGCACUGGUCAAUCAUGCACAAGAUUUUGGGGACAGGGACAUCACUCCUAUGUUCUAUGAUGUCAACGAAGGACAUGGGAUUAUCUUUUCCAAUGGAGACUCAUGGAAGGAGAUGAGACGCUUUGCCCUGACAAACCUUAAAGACUUUGGAAUGGGCAAGAAAGGGGCAGAAGAGAAAAUCUUAGAGGAGAUUCCCAAACUGAUUGAAGUAUUUGAGAAAUUUGGGGGUAAAGCUUUUGACCCAACACAGCCUGUGAAUUAUGCUGCCUCCAAUAUAAUCUCUUCCAUUAUAUACGGCAGCAGGUUUGAAUACAAUGACCCUCAAUUUCAAGGUAUGGUGGAAAGAGACAAUGAGACCACACACCUUUUCGGUUCUGCAUCUAUUCAGAUAUACAACAUGUUUCCUCGUCUGGGUCCUUGGCUGAAAAACUGGAGAAGUAUUAUGAAUAAUGUUGAGAUAAACAAGAAGGAGCUAAAGGAGCUGGUGCAGGGUCUGAGGGAGACUUUGAACCCUCAAAUGUGCAGAGGCUUCGUGGACUCGUUCCUCAUCCGAAAGCAGGAGGAUGCGAACACCGUGGACUCCUUGUACCAUGAAGACAACCUGAUGCAUUCUGUUUUCAACUUGUUUGGUGCUGGUUCAGAGACCACAUCGACAACCAUUCGAUGGGGACUGUUGCUCAUGGCCAAAUACCCCCACAUACAGGACCUGGUCCAAGAGGAGAUCACCAGGGUUAUAGGAGGUCAUCAACCUUUGGUAGAAGACAGGAAGAACUUGCCCUACACUGAUGCUGUGAUACAUGAGAUCCAGAGAUUGGCCAACAUUGUACCCAUGUCUAUCCCUCAUGCCACCAGUCGAGACAUUACCUUCCAGGGAUAUUUCAUCAAGAAGGGGACGUGUGUGAUUCCUCUACUGACGUCUGUUCUUCAUGAUGAGGGUGAAUGGGAGAGCCCCCAGACCUUUAAUCCCGCCCACUUUCUGGAUGAGCAGGGCAGAUUCAUCAAGAAGGAAGCCUUUAUGGCUUUUUCUGCAGGUCGUAGGGUGUGUCUGGGGGAGAGUCUGGCCAGGAUGGAGCUUUUCCUCUUCUUCACUUCCCUCCUGCAGCGCUUUCAUUUCUCCCCUCCUCCUGGAGUAACAGAGGAUGAUCUGGACCUCACACCAGCUGUGGGGUUCACACUCGUUCCUUUACCCCACCAGCUAUGUGCUGUGAGUCGGGUCUGAGGAGAGAGACUCAGUGACUCAGGACAACACUAAAUCAUUAAAUGGAGUCUUCAUGUAGGGCAUCAACAACAAGCUGAGAUCAAAAAGAAAAUGUAAUGUAUUGUUGAUUCCAAUAUCAGCUGAUUGCUGCCUCUGCUCAUAGCAUUUAUGAAAUAAACAUUAAUACAUUCAGUCAAAAUCAGUAGGUUUAAAAAUUAAAUGCAAUAUUUCCUAAAGUUACAAGGGCAGGUGGUGGGAAUAAUGUGGAUGAAAAUACACUAUGAUACACUCCCAUUCCAUUCUAUUCUUUGAAAUACACUAGUUAGCUUAUUCCACAAAGAAAUGUUCAAUGGCCUGGGCAAUAUUAUUGGCAACUUGUAGAAGUAGUUUCAAAUAAUUUGAUUUAAAGCAAGUGAUUCUUCUUUACUUUAGAAUAGAAGUCACCUGUGGUGGGUUACAGGUGCCUGCAUUAUGAAAACCACCAAUUCACCCAGUUUGAAUAGAGAAAAGGAUAAAUUAUCCUGUUUUGCUGUGUAUACUGCAUUUUCAGUGACACAAAGUAUAACAGUUUCAACUUCACCAUUCUUUCACAAACUCAAUGAAAGGUGGUGGUGUGGUAAGAGACCUAAUGCUGAGAGAGACCUAAGAAAGCUAAAUAAUACUUGCCAAAACACAGCUAAAGAUGCCAUAAUCAUUCUGAAAGAAUGAGAUUUUAAAACCGCAGUUUGGAUACACUCUUCAAAUCUGAGAACGGGAGCAGUUUACACAUGAGUGAUCCAAUCUGCCAGUAUAGAGGUGUAGGAAGCUCAUCCAUGGUGCUUGACUGUAGAUAUUUUAGCCAAAGUUUGUGCUACAAUAUAUUGAGUCUAGGGUGUCAAUAAUUUUGUCAAUAUUUCUGUUCAUUUUCUGAUUUAAAAGGAUACAAUGUAUUAGGAAUCAAAAACAAUUAUAUUUGAAUAUUAAGAGUAAAAUAACAAGGAUAAAUGUUUUAGUGUGUUUUCACAUUUUUUAAUCUAUACAAUUUAAAAUAAAGAAAUGUACAAAGA